AUGGAAGAGCCGCCGGAGGGGCACAGCCACCGAGACGCGGCGCCUGGCCCGGCGAGCAGCGGCAGCGGCAGCGAUGGCGAGAGCGUCCCCGUGUCCCCCAGCCCCGCGCCCGCCUCCCCCGCUGCGCCCUGCCCCCUGCCCUUGCCCCGCCGCCGCCACCCGCCGCCCCCGCCGCCGCCCCCGCCGCCGCCACCCCACCGCACCACCAACUUUUUCAUCGACAACAUCCUGAGGCCGGACUUCGGCUGCAAGAAGGAGCCACCCGCGCCGGCCGGCGGCGGAGGAGGAGGCAGCCGGGAGCGGGACGGAGACCGGGGGCAGAGCUCAGGUAGAGAAAACGUCAACCCGCUGCUGGCCCGGCCGCCCAAUCCGCCCUCCCUACUCUGCCCGGACUCGAACUGCCGUCCCGACGGCUCCGCGCCGCCGCCGCCGCCCGUCGCCGCCGCCGCCAAAGGCAGCCCCGCCGCGGCUGUAGCGGCGGCGUCGGGGGCGGCCAAGUCCCCCGGCGACGGGGGCGAGACUCACCCGGCGAAGUAUGGGGAGCACGGCAGCCCCGCCAUCCUCCUCAUGGGCUCUAAUAAUGGAGGACCUGUUAUAAAGCCCGACUCGCAACAGCCGCUGGUGUGGCCUGCCUGGGUCUACUGCACUAGGUAUUCAGACAGACCGUCCUCGGGCCCCCGCACCAGGAAGCUGAAGAAGAAGAAAACAGAGAAGGAGGACAAGCGGCCACGGACGGCGUUCACGGCCGAGCAGCUGCAGCGGCUGAAGGCGGAGUUCCAGGCGAACCGGUACAUCACAGAGCAGCGGCGGCAGAGCCUGGCCCAGGAGCUCAGUCUCAACGAGUCCCAGAUCAAGAUCUGGUUCCAGAAUAAACGAGCCAAAAUCAAGAAGGCGACGGGCAUCAAGAACGGGCUGGCGCUGCACCUCAUGGCCCAGGGACUCUACAACCACUCCACCACCACCGUGCAGGACAAAGAGGAGAGCGAGUGA